UUUGAUCAGAACGUUGUACAAAAGGGGGAGUGCUUAGCGAAAGCCCUUACUUCGGGGCUCAUCCCCCUCCUGUAAGUCCGGAGAUGGAGAGCAUAAAUGACUGUCGGGUUCUGUAGAGAACCUAAUCCCCUCUCGACUUGUUGUACUUCCAAAGGGCCCAGGCUGAACUGUUGUUUUUGGGAGGCUGGAGAGAGAGGGAGACGAAGCCAGGGCUGCAGUGCGAACGUUAGCAAAAACGACCCAAUACAGAAUACCGAUCCCCCAAAGUCGAGACGUACAGAAAGUGGAGGCAUCAAAGGUCUCGUUGCCGGUUUGUCCCUGCAUGCAUGGCCAGAGAGAGUCGAAGGGCGUAAAGUCUACCUCACGGCGUCCAUCCAGAUCCCUGGAAAAGUGGAGGGUGAGUUCAUUGACGCUAUUCGGGCGAAUGCUUUGUUUGUGCGACCCCGAAGUUGAAUGCAAGCAACCUGGGGUUUUAGGAAUCGUUGCCACGAGUUGGCGUGUAUAUGAAAGACCGAUUUUCCUUUAAUACCGCGAUGGAUUCUUUUACUUAGACUUAUCGAGU